AUGGAAAUCUGUCUGACUUUUAUUCUUCUCUCAUCCACACUCACACUCACAGCAGCUGACAGUGUGAGGUUGGUGAAUGGUGGAAGUCGCUGUGCUGGGAGAGUGGAGGUUCUUCAGGAUGGUCAGUGGGGAACAGUGUGUGGUCAUAACUGGGAUGAGGUCGAUGCUGCAGUGGUGUGUAGAGAGCUGCGCUGUGGGGAGGCUGUAAACGCACCACAAUAUGGUCACUUUGGACCAGGAUCAGGACCAAUCUGGAUGGUUGGUGUGAACUGUAGAGGAUCAGAGUCGAGACUGAAGGACUGUGGGUCAUGGGGGAGAGGGGAGCGUUACUGUAAUCAUAAUGAUGAUGCUGGAGUCACCUGCUCAGGUCAGAUUUUGAGACUCACUGCUGGUCCUCACCGGUGCUCUGGGAGAGUGGAGGUGUUUCAUGGAGGUUCCUGGUCCACAGUGUGUGAUGCUGACUUUGACCAGCAGGAUGCAGAGGUUGUGUGUCGAGAGCUGGACUGUGGGAUUCCUGUGGAGGUUCUGGGAUCAGCUGCUUUUGGACGAGGGGAGGGUCAGGUGUGGACAGAGGAGCUUCAGUGUAGAGGAACUGAAUCUGACAUUACCUUCUGUCCAACAUCAUCUUCACUCAAACACUCACACUGUUCCCAUGACAACGAUGUGGGAUUAAUAUGUUCUGGUCACACAGAGGCGCGGCUGGUGAACGGACCGGACUCCUGUUCUGGUCGAGUGGAGCUCCAGUACCUCGGUGAGUGGGGCACAGUUUGUGCUGUAGGCUGGGAUAUGAGAGCUGCAGAUGUUCUGUGUGCACAGCUGGAUUGUGGGAGUGCUGUGGCUGUGGUGGAGGUGGACUGGUUUGGGGAGGGGAGUGGCCACAUCUGGGCUGAUGUGUUUGAUUGUCAGGGGAAGGAGACACACCUAUCACGAUGUGGUGUCUCAUCAUGGAGUCGAGCUGCAUGCUCUCAUAAACACGACGCUGGAGUCAUCUGUAAUGGAUCAUCCAUGGUGUUUCAUGAGGGGCGAGUGCGGUUGUCUGGAGGGAGAGAGUGUCAGGGGGAGGUGGAGAUUUAUUUCAGGCAGGACUGGAGGAGAGUUCUCCUGGACUCGUGGAGUCUGUCUGAGGCGUCUGUGCUCUGCAGACAGCUGGGCUGUGGCUCUGUGCUGAACUACCGCUCCUCUCCAUCCACCACUGAACACAAACACAUGUGUGUAACGGGUUUCAGCUGCUCUGGGAGUGAAGCUCAUCUGGGGAACUGCAGCAGGCCACAAGCUGAACCUGUCAACUGCAGCUCUGGGGAACAGCUCUACAUCACCUGCUCAGGUAAACAUAAUAAAGACCCCCGCUCCAUCAGGUUGGUUGGUUCUGGGGGAGACUGUGCAGGAAGGCUGGAGGUUUUCCACAGCGGCUCGUGGGGGACAGUGUGUGAUGACUCGUGGGAUAUUGAGGAUGCCCAGGUGGUGUGCAGACAGCUGCAGUGUGGAGUGGCCCUCAGUACCCACAUACCAGCCUGGUUUGGUCCUGGAACUGGGUCCAUAUGGCUGAAUGAGGUGGAGUGUGAGGGGAACGAGACGUCCCUGUGGAACUGCAGAUUUCAGCUGUGUGAAGAGGGUGAAUGUGGACACCAUGAGGACGUAGGCGUCGUCUGCUCAGAGUUUAAAGAGAUCCGACUCUCAGAGGGCUGUGAGGGGAAUCUGGAAGUGUUCUACAAUGGAACCUGGGGUAAUGUGUGUUACAAUCAGAUGGAUGAUGAGACGGUAAACAUGGUGUGUCGAGAGCUGAACUGUGGAAGACGAGGCAGUCUGUCAAACACUGAAGCACGAGUAAAAUCUGCUCCUAAUUGGCUGGAUGAACUGAAAUGUAGGAAACACGACUCUAAUCUGUGGCAGUGUCCAUCUUCACCCUGGGGACAGAACAGAUGUGAUAAUCGUGAUGAAGUGGCUCGUAUUACCUGCACAGAAGAUGGAACGUCUCUACGUACUCAUGGGACAUGUUCAUCAUUUCCUCUUCAGAAAUACUGCUCAAAGCACUGGUCUCUCAGGCUGAGUGGAGGAAAGGGAAGCUGCUCUGGGAGGUUGGAGGUGUAUCAUAACUCUACGUGGGGCUCCGUUUGUGAUGAUCGGUGGAACAUCAGGAACGCUCAGGUGGUGUGCAGACAGCUGGGAAGUCUCCUCUCUGAAGAACAGCAUUCUGGGUAUGAGGAUGUGGAUGAUGAGCUUCUCUCAGAGGAUGAAGCUGAGAAUUAUGAUGACGCCAUUACAGCUGAUCAGAAGUCAGUUAUACUGACAGAGGACGUGUCCGAGAACUAUGAUGAUGCAGUUACCACUGAAACAAACCCAAACAUCAUCACAGACAAUCCAGAAGAUUAUGAUGAUGUCAUCACUGAGGAACAGGAUGUAGGAGAGACAGAAGAAUAUGAUGAUGUGGAGGAGAAAUCUCAGAAAGACAGGGACCAUGUGACUGAGACACGCCCCCAAAGGCCUUUUCUCAGGAAAUUACAUUUCAACUUUUAUAAACACAAAAAAUGAUUUUAUUUUACUUCCAAUAAUUUCAUUCAUUCUGAACCAUGUUCAUUUUCUCACCUUGUUAUUAGCAAAUAGAUUAGGGAGAGUUAAAUCACCUCCAUUAUUACUGAACCAAAUGUUUCCAGCUUUCCUUUUACAACACAUUUAGUGCUAUAAGUCAUAGUGAGCUUAAAUAUCACUGACACACCACACCUCAUUUAUCUCACCAGUUUAUUCCAUCAAAAUGGCCAUAAUGUUCAUUUCAAUCUUUUGGUGAAACAUCUGAUCUUAUCAUUCAUGUCUAACUGAAACUUGGGAAUCUGUUAUUCAGUGUUUUUAGAAAUGAGUUAAUUACAUUCCACUUGUUAGAUGAAAACUUUAUUACAUAUGUUAAAAAUUAUUACAAUCCAGAAAUAUGCAACUGUCUGAAAUAGAUAAAGAUUUUUCAUUUAUUAUGCUCAGGUAAUGUUUUAUAUAUUAAGAUCUAAUUCAAUAUUCUAUGUUUUCUAUGUUGAUUUUCUAUAUGGCUAUAUGGAACUAGAAAGUGUUGAUUAAUUUUUCACAACAACACGGCUCUGAUAAUAGUUAAAAUCUUAUCAUUCAUGUCUAACUGAAACUUGUGAUUCUGUUAUUAAGUGUUUCAGAAAUGAGCCAGAAUAAAACUUAUUACAAAUAUUAAAAUGUUAAUAUAUAUAUAUAUAUAUAUAUUCAAUUCAAUAUAUAUGUCACACCUGAAUUAUAGUAAAAUAAUUUUUCUUUUAGUUAUUUAAUAGUUACGACUGCCACAUAA